AUGCGAGAAUUGGAAUGGGAUGACAUGGGAUUGAAAUUAGACGGCAGGUAUUUACGCCAUCUUCGUUUCGCUGAUGACAUCGUUCUUAUAAUAACAAGGAUCAACCAGGCGGAGCGGAUGCUGGCCGAAUUUGAUGAAACGUGUGGAAGGAUCGGUCUUCGGCUGACCCUAGACAAGACGAGGAACGGAUGGGUUUUUGAUGCCUCAUUCAUGCUGAACGGAACGAACAUGUCUGAAUGCUCCAGCUAUGCAUAUCUAGGUCUGGAAAUCAGCGUGAUGAAAGACCUAAACUCCAAGCUGAGCAUAAGGAAACGAAUAGCUUGGGGAGCAUUCAAGAGCAUCGAGAAUGUAGUGAAGAGGACCAAGAACAUCCGGCUUCGUGCUCACCCCUUCAACACCACCCUUCUUCCUGCUUUAACCUACGCUUCAGAAACGUCGGCGUUUUGCGAGGAGGAGAAAAAUACGAUCAGCGUCAUAGAACACGUAAUUGAUGGGUGA